AUGGCAAGUUUAACAGAGUUGUUGCGUCAUUCUGGCAAGUGGAACGAUGAGAGCAAUUACGUCGAUUAUUCAAUUGAGGGAAUACUAAUAAAGGAGUAUGCAUCGUAUAAUGAUUUGGUUGCGUCAAUUUCCAAUCAACUGGGCAUAGAUUUGAGCUCAAAGUCCAAUAAAAUCCAAUACAAAGUAGAAGGGAAUAGCACGCCAAUUGAAAUACACAAUGACAUGGGUUACAGUGUGUGUGUAGAAUUGAAAAAAAAGAACAGAGAAUUCGGGAUGUAUCCUUUGUGCAUUACAAUGAUUGAAAAAGAACUUGUAUCCGAUCGUAGUUUAAUUCAAGGUGAUAUUGUGCAAAUAGAUGAAUCACUUCAAAGGUAUGAUUCCGGUACAGAUGAUACGCUUGCUCUAGAUUUUGUCAAUUUAGGAGAAGCAAUUGGGGUGUUUGAACUGGACAAGGAUUUGAUAAUUUCAAAAACUAAUCAAAGGGAGGUUAUGGCUGGACAAGUAUAUAAGGAUAAGGCUACAUUGAAAGAGGUGAUGGAGAAUUAUGCUAUAUCUCAAAGGUUUCAAUUCCGGGUUGAUAGGUCUAACGCUGUUAGCUAUGCAUUAUUAUGUAUGUCAGAAGAUUGUGAAUGGAGGUUUAAGGCUUCGAGCAUUAACAAAUCUGAACUAUUCAAAGUGAGAGAGUUCAUUGAUAACCAUACAUGUCCGCUGAAGGACAAGGUGUAUGAGCAGCGACAGGCAAGUAGCAGCCUUAUAGGUGGUAUGAUUAGGCCUAAGCUUACUAAUCAUAAGAGGAAAUACACCCCAAAGGAUAUUAUUGAUGAUGUGAAAUCAGAUUUAGGUGUAGAUGUUAGCUACAUGUUGGCGUGGCGGGCUAAAGAAAAGGCAAUGAAUUUUUUGAGAGGUGAACCGGCUGAUUCAUACAAAAAAUUACCAGGAUACUUAAAUACAAUGGAUAUGACAUAUCCAGGUUCGCACAUCAGAAUGGUAAAAUCGCCCAAAAAUGAGUUCAUGUAUGUGUAUAUAUCUUUGUAUGCCUUUAUAAAGGGGUUUGAUCAUUGUAGAUCCAUUGUGGUUGUGGAUGGAAGUCACCUAAAAUCUUACUACACCGGGACAUUCGUCUCGGCAAGCACGUUGGAUGGUGCAGGUCAUAUAAUGCCACUAGCAUAUGGUGUUAUUGAUUUAGAGAAUGAUGCUGCUUGGACGUGGUUCUUUGAGCAAUUCAAGAUAGCAUACGGUGAUAGGGAAAACAUGUGCAUCGUUUCAGAUGGAAAUGAGAGUAUCAUUAAAUCUGUAUCGAGAGUGUAUCAGAUGUACCGUAUUUUGCCUGUAUAUGGCAUCUAUGGAACAACUCUGAUGGAGAAGGUGGAGAAGGUAGAUAUUAGGGUGAAAGAAUACUUGGAGUUAGCUAGAUACGAAAAGUGGGCUAGGUUGUAUGCACCUGUUAAUAGGGGAUGGACCAUGACGUCAAAUAUUGCUGAGUCAAUUAAUGCCGCACUAGUGUUAGCAAGGGAAUUACCAAUAUACGACUUCCUCGAAGAAGUUAGGAAGAUGUUUGGACGUUAG